AUGACUUGUUCAAUUUUGAAAGGUGCAAGUAACAAUAUAUUACACAAAACACAAAUCCUAGUCAUGUCAGCCCCUUCCCUUUCUUAUCCUCUUCCGUACUUCCGUAGCCUUCGCUUCUGGGUUUUUCGUUGGUUUCUUUCCACUCAUUGUGGAGUCUCAACAAAUGUGAAGCCUCCUCUGCCACACGUUUUCCACCCUCCACCUCCAUCGCAACCGCUCGUUUCCCUACAAACUCCACGCACUCCGCCUCCACCAUCUACGUUCUUGCCUUCUCCACUACCUCCAUCUGAUUCCCUGUGGCUUCCCCAACCUUCUACACACCCACCUCUGCCCCCUACAAAGAAAGGCCUCCGGCCCCCUCCUCCAAAGAAUGCAACCUCGAAGCAUGGGGAUCACAAUCACCAGGAUUCACUUAAAAAUUUGACACCCGCGAAGACGAAGAAACUUAACGAGGGGAAGAAAAUUGGCUUGAUAUUUGUGGGAGUUGUUGCCAUCUUGCAAGUUUUUGUGGUGGCAUUCUUGUUGAUCAGGAGAAGACAAAUUGUAAAGGCCAAAGGUGACUAUUAA